CAUAUGUAUUGAGGUAUUAUACGUCAGCUGUAUAUUAGUAAGUAUGAUUUUUUUCACGAUUUUAAGACCAAGUUUUUCCAUUAUAUUUAAUUAUAAAUAGAGCGCACUUAACCAUAGUGGAUAUAACAACACCUUUGUCUUUAACAUAAACUUACAAGUGUAAAAGUCUAAAUCAAGAAUACACCCAAAAUACACGUUUUGGAAUUGGGAGUAGAAAUAAUUUGAUCCAUGUAUAUAUAUAUGAUGAGGGACGGGGUGCAGAUGACAGACGGAGAGUGAGCUCACGAAAUUGAAUGAAGCAAAAUUAAUGGAAGACCCAAAACCCCAACCGUCUUUCCUCUCCAAAAAGCUUCCACUUCUGUGCACACUCUGCUGCUGCUCUCUCCUCCUCUCGCCCUCUCUUUCAGCCGCCGCCGCCGCCGCCACUCCCAACCUCCACCCACAAGAGGCGGCGGCGCUCGGGGAGAUCCGGAAGAGGUUCGGGAAGGAUUUGGGGGUGCCGGAUCCUUGCGGUGGUGGAAAUGGGAGUUGGAGUGGGACCAGAGUUCCAAGGAAAGGGUUUGAGACCACUAUCACUUGCGAUUGCUCUUUUGACGGCGCCACCCUCUGCCAUAUCAUUGCCAUAACUCUGAAGUCCCAAAACUAUUCAGGAGGCGUCCCCCCAGAAUUCGCCAAGUUCCAACACCUCAAAACCUUGGAUCUCAGCCGUAAUUAUCUGAAUGGCUCUAUCCCCCAACAAUGGGCUUCCAUGCGCCUGCUCGACCUCUCUUUUAUGGGGAACCGGUUAUCGGGUCCGUUUCCAUCCGUUCUCACCAGAAUCAAUACCCUCAGGAACCUGAGCAUAGAAGGAAACAGCUUCUCGGGAUCUAUUCCUUUGGAGAUUGCGAACUUGGUUCAUCUUGAGAAACUAGUAUUGUCCUCAAAUGCAUUUACAGGAAAUUUACCAUCCGCGCUUGGCAUGCUGAAGAACUUAACUGAUCUGAGGAUAAGUGACAAUAACUUCACAGGACAGAUACCGGAUUUCAUCAGCAAAUGGACAAAAAUUGAGAAACUGCACAUUCUAGGCUGUUCCAUUGAAGGCCCUAUACCUUCAGAAAUUUCCAACUUAACAACUUUGAUUGAUCUGAGGAUAAGUGACUUGAAGGGGGAGAGGUCCAGUUUCCCUCAAUUAAAGGGAAUGGAAUCCAUGAAGAUACUGGUAUUGCGGAACUGCAUGAUAGAUGGAGAGAUCCCAGAAUAUCUUGGGAACAUUAGACGAUUGAAAACUCUGGACCUGAGUUAUAACAAUUUGAGCGGUGGGAUUCCAACUUCUUUUUUUCAACUAUCCAAAGCAGAUUUCAUGUAUUUGACCAGGAACAGCCUCACUGGAACUGUCCCAAAGUGGAUUUUAUCUUCAAACAAAAAUAUAGAUAUUUCCUACAACAAUCUCUCAUUGCAGAGCUCAGGCCCAACGGAAUGCCCUAGUGGAAAUGUUAACUUGCUGGAAGGCUUUUCCUCAUUCGGAAACGUAACCAGAGUUCAUCCAUGCCUCAAACAUAACUUUCCUUGCUUUGACCCGAGGUCUCGGAAGAGUUAUUCCUUGCACAUUAAUUGUGGAGGCAAAGACACAAUUAUAAGCAAUGGUACAAUGUAUGAGGCCGACUUAGAUGACCGGGGUGCUUCAUUGUUCUAUUCAAAACCAAGUUGGGCAUUUAGCAGCACAGGAAACUUCAUGGACAAUGAUGUCUCUGGCGAUUCCUAUAUUUAUACUAAUACCUCUGCCCUGCAUAAUCUCACUACUCUUGAUUCUGAACUCUAUACGACUGCACGUGGGUCGCCCCUCUCUCUCACUUACUAUGGAUUGUGUAUGAUGAAUGGAAAUUACACUGUCAAACUCCAUUUUGCGGAGAUCAUAUUUACAAAUGAUGGUUCUUUUACUAGCCUCGGGAAGCGUAUCUUUGAUAUCUACUUGCAGGAAAACCUGGUAGUGAAGGAUUUUAACAUUGAGAAAGAGGCAGGAGGACCGGGUAAACCCAUUGUAAAGAUUUUCAAUGUAGCCGUAACAAAUGAGACGCUGAAGAUGCGUUUUUACUGGGGUGGGAAAGGAACAACGGGAAUACCUGAUAGAGGAGUUUAUGGCCCUCUAAUUGCUGCAAUAUCAGUUGACCCCAAUUUCACACCACCGGACGAUGAUAAAAACAUUCCUGUUGGAGAAAUAGUUGGAAUUCUUGUUGCUGGAGUUGUGUCCUUGAUACUUUUGGUAGUAGGCAUUGUCUAUUUGAUGCUCUUAAAGCGAAGAAAAGUAUCUGAGGAGGGAGAUCUUAGAGCCUUGGAUUUACAAGCUGGCAUUUUCACCUUAAGACAGAUCAAAGCUGCAACAAAGAACUUUGAUGAUGGAAACAAGAUUGGGGAGGGUGGUUUUGGUUCAGUUUACAAGGGCCAAUUAUCAGAUGGAACAACAGUUGCCGUGAAGAAGUUAUCAUCGAAAUCAAAGCAAGGAACUAGUGAAUUUCUGAAUGAAAUACGCAUGAUAUCUGCAUUGAAACAUCCAAAUCUUGUCAAAAUAUAUGGGUGUUGUGUUGAAGGGAAUCAACUAAUGCUAAUCUAUGAGUACAUGGAAAACAAUUGUGUAUCCCGCGCUCUAUUUCGAAAAGAUAGUACAAACAAGAUUAAAUUAGACUGGCCUACAAGGAGCAAAAUCUGUUUGGGAAUUGCUAAAGGAUUGGCAUACCUUCAUGAAGAAUCAUGCUUGAAGAUAGUUCAUAGAGACAUCAAGACCAGUAACAUUUUGCUUGACAAGAACCUGAAUGUUAAAAUAUCUGACUUUGGCCUCGCUAAACUUCACGAGGACGAAAAUACCCACAUCAGCACCCGGAUUGCAGGGACCGUAGGCUAUAUGGCUCCUGAGUAUGCGAUGCGUGGCCACCUAACCAACAAAGCAGAUGUCUACAGCUUUGGGGUCGUUGCUUUUGAAAUCGUCAGUGGCAAAAGCAACACCAGCUACAGGCCCAAGGAUGAAUUUGUCUAUCUUCUAGACUGGGCCUAUGUUUUACAAGAGAGAGGCAACAUACUUGAACUAGUGGAUCCUGAGUUGGGCUCUAACUACGAACCGGAAGAGGUGAUGUUAGUGCUAAAAAUAGCACUCCUAUGUACGAACGCAUCCCCAACGCUGAGGCCUAAAAUGUCUCAAGUGGUGAGCAUGCUGCAAGGACAUACCCUUGUUGAGGACCUGCUUUCAGGCCCAAGUUCCUCCUCCAUUGAUCUGCAAUUCAGGUCGAUGAGGAGGCACUUUUGGCAGAGCCCCAGUGUGGGCACAAAUGGGACGACGACCUGCUCUAAUCUAUCAUCUGAGGGCAAGGAAGAAACAGUUGCACUUGUAAAAAGUCAGGUUUAACAAGGUACACUAGGCAAGAGAUUACAAAAUGCCAAUCAAUUAAUGACUGUAUAUAGGAGGCAUAUGGGAUUGUGUAGGGAACUCCUGGCUAAGGACCAAAUAUUUAUAGUGCACAGGAGCAUUUUGUAGGAGUUCUUUAUGCAUUAUACCAUUGUAUUCUUUAUUUUGGUUAAAGUGCCACGUACUAGUUUAUUUUAUUUUUUCCUUCUCAACUAUCCCGCCAAGGAAGUGGUCAUAUAUACCAUCAAAUCUCUUGAUCAAAAAAGAAUUAUACACGAGAGAUCCAAGAGGUUGCAAACUUUUACGAGAGUUCAUCAUACACACAAUGAAAGAAAGCACGCUACUAAUCCAUAUCUUUACAUAGAUGAUUUGAAGCUCUGUUUCUGAACGGUGAACUCAUUCACAACGGGUGAUGUUAAUGUUCGUCAUCUAGUUCAGACAUUGAAGACAUUACUGAUCUAGAGAAGGGCUGCGAGCACGUUCUUGAAGUAUAACUUGAAAAAGUGUAACACGCCAAGGAGAAAGACUAAACAAAAUUAUUUCAAGUCAGAAGUCAUUCGUUGGUAGAUUUAUCAACACAUUAGAAGAUGUUCUAUUGUGUUUGGUGUAAUAUUUUAUGAUGAUUCAGUCGAGAGUUGUUACACGGACGUGAGCCACACGCACAUAAGAGGAGGUGGUGUACAUUUGGAGUAUAUUUUUAGCGUACCUCUAGUAUUUUUAUUUUAUUUUAUAUGCCAAAAUAUGUGGUAAUAGAGGGGAUCUUCGUGG